AUGAGUAUUUCACUAAACUCAAACAUAACAUACCCAUUUUAUAAUGGAACUGACGAACUACUUGAAGCAAAUUUUUCUUUUCUAAAUUCCAGUGACAAUGCAAUGGAAUUUCAUGAAUAUUCACCAUAUUUUGGAGAAUAUUUAACAGUAUAUAGAAAUAUUUAUGGAUCCAUUCAUGGAUAUCUCAGUUUCAUUGUGUGUGUGUUUGGCAUAACUGCUAAUAUAUUAAACAUCAUAGUUCUAACCAGAAAGAGUAUGGUAUCUCCCACGAACGCAAUUCUCACAGGAUUGGCGGUAGCAGACAUGCUUGUGAUGCUUUCGUAUUUACCCUUCACAUUUCACAACUAUAUUAGGAAAGAUCUAAGCGAGGAAGAAAAGUUUUCUUACGGAUGGGCUGUCUUUACACUUUUCCACGCUCAUUUUACAGUCGUAAACCACACAAUAUCUAUAUGGCUGACUGUAACUGUUGCUAUUUGGAGAUUCAUGGCUGUAAGUUUUCCUGCCAGCAGCAACAACCUGUGCUCAAUGCCGAGAGCAAAGUACGCAAUCAUUGCCACCUACGUCACUUGCACCAUCUUCUGUAUUCCUGUUUACAUUACCUUCACCGUGUCGAAGUUCAAAGGCACAGAUGGAUCGGUUAUGUAUCGUGUAGACUUCAGUGAAAUAGCUCAAAGACAUGACAAGCUACUGGAGAAGAUAAACUUUUGGCUUUUCAGUGUCAUCACUAAGCUUGUACCAUGCGUUGCUCUUACUGCCCUAAGCUUAGGACUCAUUCGCGUCUUGUAUGAAGCAAAUCUUCGUCGACAAAGGUUGAAGAAUCGGGCUGAAAAUGAUCGCUCUCAUGACAGAACGACACGAAUGUUGCUUGCUGUUCUGCUUCUUUUUCUUCUGACUGAGUUUCCAGCCGGACUUUUGGCACUUUUGAGUGGAAUACUUGGAAGCGAUUUCUUCAACAACGUUUAUCUAAAUUUUGGGGAAACUAUGGAUGCACUUGCUCUGGUAAACAGUGCAAUCAAUUUUAUUAUUUAUUGUUCAAUGAGUAGACAGUUCCGGGACACAUUUGCGUUGUUGUUUCUACCAAAAUGUGCCAACAGGCACCAGUUAGCCCCGAUCAUCGAACCGUCCCGUACUGUCGCGACAACAUGUGUUUGACUAUGAGAUUGCAAACUUCGGUGUUAACACAAUAUAAUGGUAUCAGUUACAUAA